AUGAAUGCUCCGCCUCUGGCGAGUCUUGGAGCUCAAUUACCAGACUGGAUAGCUGGACAGAUAGACUUUUCUAGCCAGUGUCAAUUAGUCAAGUUUCUCCAAUUGCAUCAAAUGUCUUUUUUUGUUACAGACGGCGGUGAUUCGGGUGAUUCUUCAUCAAACGAGAGUGAGAGACUAAUGGAAUCGGACGAUGAAGGGAACAUUCAGAUUCCGGUGCCCACCGGACAACCUCGUGGACGAAUGGGUCGCAGAUUCACUCUCAAUCCGCUAAUCUUUGCCAAAGAGGAACGUGAGGCACGUCGACAGUCUUUAGCACAGCUCAAGCUCAGCUAUUAUCCAAAACACAUGAAUCCUGAACAUUAUGACACUGGCUUGGGAUUUUGUGGAUGGUUUUUGAUGGGCUUAUCAUGGAUUAUAGUCAUUUCAACGUUUCCUGUAUCAAUAUAUUUCUGUAUGAAAGUGGUUCAAGAAUACGAGAGAGCUGUUAUCUUCAGACUCGGUAGACUCAUUGGUGGUGGAGCAAAAGGGCCAGGAAUAUUCUUUGUGCUACCCUGCAUAGAAUCUUAUACAAAAGUGGAUUUAAGAACUGUGUCAUUCAGUGUGCCACCGCAAGAAAUUCUUACGAAAGAUUCAGUGACAACUUCAGUAGACGCCGUUAUUUAUUAUAGAAUUUGUAAUGCAACCGUCAGUGUUGCCAAUGUCGAAAACGCACAUCAUUCCACAAGAUUGUUAGCUCAAACCACUCUUCGUAAUAUGUUGGGUACCAGAAGUCUUUCUGAAAUUCUUUCCGAUCGUGAAACACUUGCUACUUCUAUGCAGACUAUUCUCGACGAAGCUACUGAAAGCUGGGGAAUCAAAGUAGAACGAGUUGAAAUUAAGGACGUCCGACUUCCAAUUCAACUACAACGAGCCAUGGCAGCUGAAGCUGAGGCUACCCGAGAAGCCAGAGCCAAGGUUAUUGCUGCCGAAGGAGAAGAAAAAGCAUCACGAUCAUUGCGUGAAGCUGCUACAGUCAUUGCUCAGUCCCCGGCUGCUCUCCAACUUCGUUAUCUGCAAACAUUGAAUAGUGUCGCUGCGGAGAAAAAUUCGACAAUCAUCUUUCCACUUCCGAUGGAAUUAGUUAGGCAUCUACUCAACUGA